AUGCAACUGAAUCCUGUACAUUUUUAUGAUCAAAUCCGCGAAUUGAACAGAAAGUAUGGUCCGCUUGCCUCGCUUAAAAUAGGAUCGAGCAAUGUUAUUAUCAUUGGUGGAGAUGGGAAAUUGGUUAGAGAGCUUCUCGACAAGCGAGGUUCAAUAUACUCCAAUCGACCAGCAGAGCCAACCUUGCAAAUUGCUGGUGGUGGUGAUCACUUACUGUUCCAGCAAGAUACGGAGAAAUGGAGAGCGGCAAGGAAGCAAAUUGUGCGACAUUAUCCUCGGGCAAGUGAUCCUGAACAGGUUCGCCUCCAGGAAGCUGAGAGUGUACAAUUACUGUACGACUUCCUGCACGACCCUGAGCGGCACAUAAAGCAUUCAAUGCGCUACACUACGAGCAUCAUUGCUUGUUUAAACUAUGGCGUUCGAUGUGCUACCUAUGACGAUCCGGUGAUACAUGGUAUUGAAUCAAUCAUGACACGGAUAUCAAGACCCCUGUCUGAUACUCAGUUUGGCUUGAUCAGGAUUUUACCUGAUUUUAUGACGGGUAACUGGAAGGCUAAAGCGCUACAUCUGAAACAGCUAAUGCUUAAAAUAUAUGGGGGUCUCGCAGAGAUUGGGUCGGAGAGGGGUAAAUCUGGGCUGAAUACUGAUAACUUUGCAUACAAAUUACGCCUGGAUGAGAACGUUACGAAUCUGACGCGAAAUCACCAAGCACAAAUUUGCGGGAUCGCUCUUGAGGGGGGUUCUGAUAUUGUUGCGGGAGUUAUAUCGACCGCGAUACUAGCGCUACUAGAAGAUACAACGAGCCAAGAUAGAGCAAGGCAGGAGAUUGAUGGUAUAUAUGACGAGUAUACGCUCCCAAGGUGGGCUGAUGAGGAAAGAAUGCCUUUCGUCCGAGCGAUUGUAAGGGAGACUCUAAGGUGGAGACCCCCGCUUCCAAGUUGCGUUUCUCAUAGAUUGGAGCAGGACGAUACCUAUGCAGGAUAUUUUCUGCCAAAGGAUUCCACUGUAAUAUGCAGCAUUUGGGGAAUUCACACCAACCCAGAGCGAUAUGAAGACCCACGAAGAUUCAAUCCCGAUCGCUUCCUGGGACACAAGUUAUCGAUGGCUGAUUCCAUGGUGCAGAGUAAUCCUUUUGACCGGGAUCAUUUCGCAUUUGGAGCAGGACGUCGCUCUUGUCCCGGCGUUCAAUUGGCCGAACAGGGGAUAUUCAUUGCCAUCUGCAGACUGCUAUGGGCAUUUGAAUUCUCGGUGCCCCUUGGUACCACUGUCAAUACGGACCAGAGUGCGUUUCAUGGUUCGAUACGUCGACCCAAGCAAUAUCCCGUCGUCAUUACACCUCGUUCGGAGAGAAGAGUCGAAACCAUUGAAAGGGAGAUGUUAUCGGCGAAAGAGAGCGUUUUCUCAUUAUAUGGGUCUUACAAAUAG